AUGGGACCACCAGGGGUGCAGUUCGAGGAUUCCCUGCUUCAGAUACUGCCAGUGGACAAGACUAAAUGCCCGUUUGUUAGAGACAACAACGAUGUUGAGUUUAGAUUAUUUACUAGACACAACCCAACAGUGUACCAAGAGCUACGUAUAGACGACGACGAGAGCCUGUUCGCUUCUCACUUCAACUUCCACGACCCGACGGUGGUGUACUUCGGAGCCUUUUUGGAGCAGCCCGAUGAUGGGAGCGGACUGCUGGUUAGAGAAUCCUACAUGCUUCGUGGAGACAGCAACUUCAUAAUCCUGGACCUGAGCCGGCUGGAGGCCGGGCCGUGGUACUUCACGGCGGCGGAGAAUACUUGGUACAUCGGACAAUUCGCCGCCAAGUUUGUGGACUACAUGGUAUCCAGGGGCCUGGAUUUAAACAAGACGCACUUCAUCGGGCACAGUCUGGGAGCUCAGUCCGCCGGUGUGGCUGGUUCCGCCUUGAAGUCGGGCCGCGUCUCCAGGAUCACCGGUCUGGAUCCGGCGCUGCCGCUGUUCGACAAGCUACCCCUCUCGCAGAGACUGGACCCAUCUGACGCUAAAUUCGUGGACGUGAUACACACAGAUGCCGGGAUAUUUGGCUUCAAAACCCCAAUUGGGCACGUGGACUUCUACCCCAACGGUGGGAUUAGUCCUCAACCUGGGUGCGAGCUCGAAGUGGUGCUACACGAGCAAAGAUUUCUCAACAAAUGUGACAAAAACGCACAACCACAAGGUUUCUACGUCUACCAUCUCACACCGAACACAAAAAAGAACAUACUAGAAAAAAAACUGCGUGAAUUCUUUACAUACAUCAACUUUCUGAAAGACACUGAAAACUCAUCACCGCACACAGAAUCUGAUGAUGAAAUACCUAAAUCAUCGCCUAAAUUGGCCGCAAUUAGAAAAUAUAAACUUUUACAACAAAACAAUAAGAAAAAUAAUAAUAAAAUAGUUGAGAGUAAAACAGAAAUAAAUCUAGAUAAUGCGCAAGAAGAUACACAUGUAUUUGUGAAAGAAAAUUCUUACAAAAGAGAGAAAAGAAUUAGCAGUAAUAUUGAAGUAAUUAACACAAAUGAUGCAACCAACAAAACUACUUUAAAAGACGCGAUCACUACACCAAAAGACACAGACACUAUAGAACAGAAGACUACAAAAUCAGCAAAACUACAAGACACUACAGCAGAUCAGAAUACUACAAAUACUGUUAAACUACAAGACAACACUAUGGACCAGAAUACUACAAAAACAGUAGAACUACAAGACAACACUACAUUAGAUCAGAUGACUACCGAAACAGUAAAACUACAAAACACUACAGCAGACCAGAAAACUACAAAAACAGUAAAACUACCAAGGCAAAAGCGUUUUAUAUCUUUAUUCAGAAACAACGAUAACGACAGUGACAAUUUACUAUUCAGAAUGCUAGAAUUCUUAAUGAAACCCAGAAGGAAUUUCAUACCAGUCGUAACUGUGAUGAGAGAGAUAAAUACCCUAGUUAAAAGUGCGAAUGGAGAAUUGAACCACUUUUCUAAAGAAAGGAAUAAUUAUAUAGGUGGUUAUCCACCGGUCUCUGAUAUAAAAUACGACUUGGAAUUAGGGAAUGAGUCUAAAAUUCUGGGAUUGUUGAAAAGACUGCUAGGUUUGGGUCCUAAAGGCGGGAGACUGAGCGUUAAUGGUAGAAAGUAA